AACCACCAACCAUCAUGAAGAUCCUACUUGUAGUUGUCGGUUUGUUGGCGGCCACCAACGCCAGGGAGAUCAAACAUGACAUUGUCACAGACUACCACAAUGUCAUUGGUAUCCCGCUCGCCGAGAAAAUCAAGCAAUCAGAGAGCGCUAUGGAUUUCGACGGUUCCAGAAUUAUUGGAGGAAGCGCAGCGGGUCUUGGUGCCCAUCCCCAUCUUGGUGGCCUCGUGAUCCGGCUGACAACUGGAGCAACUUCAGUAUGCGGAUCUUCUCUCCUGUCUAACACAAGAUUGGUAACAGCAGCUCACUGUUGGAGAACCAGUCGUGCUCAAGCUAAUCAAUUCACUGUUGUACUCGGCUCAACUUUUCUUUUCUCCGGCGGCACCAGAAUCGUAACCAACCAAGUGGAAAUGCAUGCCAGCUACAAUAUGAACAAUCUGAAUAACGAUAUAGCCAUUAUCAGAAUUAACCCCGUAACCUACAGUAACAUAAUCGCAAGAAUAAAUAUGGCUACAGGAAGCAAUCAAUUUGUUGGAACCUGGGCGACCGCAGCAGGGUUUGGUGCAACAUCAGAUUCUCAGCAAGGCAUUCCUAGUAACACAUCCAAGAGACAAGGCACCAUGAUGGUAAUAGCCAACAAUGCCUGCGAAAGAUACUACGCCUCUAAUAUAGUUAUCGCUUCUACCAUCUGUACUGACACUGCCCGUGGGACUACUAGCACUUGUGGUGGCGAUUCUGGUGGUCCUCUAUCUGCUAGCAAUCGAUUGAUUGGUAUUACAUCUUUCGGCUCUGCUCGUGGAUGCCAGUCAGGUGCUCCAGCUGGCUUCGCCAGGGUCACUUCCUUCGCCGCAUGGAUGAACGCCCGUCUAUAAAUAUGUAUAAUGCUUGACAUUUUGAACAAAUAAAGUUGUUAUUCAUA